UCUUUCUACAUUUCUUCUUACAGAACUUUUACAAAUUGUGGAUGAAACAAAACGUAGGCAUUCUGAGAUCAAAGAGUUUUCCAUUAAAACUAUAAUAAAAAUCCUUAAUGACUUGGUAUUUCAAGGUGUUGAAGUUCAACUCAAAAUUUUACAGACUAUCCCACCUUUGAUAAAUAAUUAUCAAUCAUUACAAGGCGAUCUUCUUAUUGACGCGUUAUUAAUAUGUUUUCGUAUUCAAGACUCAAAAGCUGUUGUAGUCAGUAACACUGCUGCUGCUACAUUGCGUCAAUUGGUAAUCAACAUUUUUGAAAAAAUUCUUUUAGAAGACGAAAUAAAUGACAAAGUUAUUUCAAUGGAGAUAUUUCAUGGAAUUUGUAUGGAUGGUGCUCUUUUACGUACUGUUUAUUAUUCUUAUGAUAAACAAAAUCAUUCUACAAAUGUAUAUAAGGAAAUGAUUAGUGCUUUUGGUAGAUUAGCAACUGAGAAACCACAAACAUUAGGUAAAAGUGGUAAUUCACUAAAUGGAAAUUCAUGUCAGUCAAUAGAAGAUGACGGACUAACAAACAUUGGUGGUGGCCUGAAUCCACCACAAAUUCCAGAAACUUAUCUUUAUUAUUUGACUCUUUUAUGUCUAAAUUCAAUUGUGGAUGGCCUUCACGAUUUUGUAAUAAAAAAUCUUACAAAUGUUAUUCAAUAUCAAAAGAAAUCAACUUUACAAUCUAAAUCUCAAAUCCUUGUGGCUGAUAUGGCAAAUACUUCAUGGCCUGGAUUGCUUGCUGCACUUUCAUUUUUCCUUUCUACAAACCUUGAUGAAGAUUUAUUUCAUAAUGUUUUACGCGCUUAUCAAAAUUUCACUAUUGUUUGUGGCUUUCUUCAUCUUUCAACUCCUCGUGAUGCUUUUAUAACUUGUUUAUGUAAAAGCGUUAUUCCUCAUAUUACUAUGCCACCUAUGCUACCAUCAGAAAAUAAUGCAUGUGAAACUGAAA